GGAGAGGAUGUGAUUGGAGCGCUACCCAUGAUGUCAUGUACAUGAAAAAGCUAAGAAGUAGUUAAGAAGGCGACUUGUAACUCUGGAAAGAGUGGGUGAACCUCUGAGGCGCAGAGAGCAGACGCACGCGGGUGAUAUUUUGGACUGACAACACAGCAACGGCACCAUGGUGCAGCAAACGGACAACAGCGAAACGGACAGCAUGUCCAGAGAAGCCACCGACUCCGACGAAAGUGAAUUCAUGGUUUCGAUAAACCCAGAUUGGUGCAAGACAGCGACCGGACACAUAAAGCGACCGAUGAACGCGUUUAUGGUGUGGUCUAAAAUCGAGCGGAGAAAGAUCAUGGAACAGUCUCCAGACAUGCACAAUGCCGAGAUCUCCAAACGUUUGGGGAAGCGCUGGAAAAUGCUGAAGGACAGCGAAAAGAUACCUUUUAUCAGGGAAGCCGAAAGACUCCGGCUGAAACACAUGGCUGAUUAUCCUGACUACAAAUACAGACCCAAGAAGAAACCAAAGCUGGACAGUUCCUCCAAACCGUCAGCCCCAUCUCCAGAGAAGUCCUGCAACAAAAUGACCAAGAACUCCAAGAAAUGUCCCAAACUGAAAACGAACAAGACGGGAAGUAAAUCUUCUCACGGCUACGGAGAUGAGUACGCGUUUAAGAGCAUGAAAGUUUCAAAGACUGUCAUUAAAAGUGAAUUCACGGAUGAAGACGACGACGACGACUCCGAGGAGGACUCUCGAGUCCGAGUGAAGGAGGAGGAAGAGGAUGCGAUCCGAGCCUACAAUGUAGCAAAGGUUCCCGCCAGCCCAACUUUGAGCUCGUCUACAGAGUCCGAUGGCGCUAGCAUGUACGAUGAGGUCCGGAACAACAGACUGUUCUACAAUUUCAAAAACAUCACCAAGCAGAGCACAAUGUAUCCCGCAUCCGUCUCACCAGCAUCCUCUAGGUCAGUUUCCACUUCUUCCAGCACGAGCGAAGACGCGGACGACUUGCUUUUUGACUUCAGUUUGAACUUCGCCUCCUCCGCGCAAAGCUCGGAGCUGGGCAACCAAAAUCCAGGGAAUCUCUCCCUUUCUCUGGUGGAUAAGGAGUUGGAGUCUUUUAGCGAGGGCAGCCUGGCUCCCACUUUGAAUUUCCAGACUAUUGCACGCCUGAGCUCAGCGAAAUGAUAGCUGGGGACUGGCUCGAAGCGAACUUUUCUGACUUGGUUUUUACAUACUAAAUAAGACAAGUAAUAACUUACGGGAGAGGUAUAAUGCUCGGUUCUGUACGUAUUUCUUUCCACUGUCUUCUUCUGGUGGUCCACCUAUAGGGGCUUUGGGAAGGAGGCAAGUAUGGCAAGCAAUUUUAACAUUUAUUUUUUCAAACUACAUAGAAGGCUAUCUAUGCUUAUGUUAAUAAUAUUUUUGUUGUUGUUGUUUGUUUGUUUGUUUGUUUGUUUGUUUUUAAGUAAUCCAAAAGUGGCUAUACUAUUUACUUCAUAGUACUUAUUCCUGUGCUACUAGUCACUAUCCCAGUACUAACAUUUCUUACUUCACUUCUUAUACAAGUUUACUUUUCAUGUAAAGACUUGUAAGAAAAGCUUUUUAAUAGUUCAAUUCAGAAUACUACUAGAAACAACUGGAACAAAGACUCGUUUCUAACAAUUAGGUACUAGUGUCUUUUCAGUUAAUAUGGAAUAAUAACCUUGAAUCAUAAUAAUAUAUAGUCAAUAAUAUAUCAUAUAUAUGACUAAUGAAUACAGCAACAAUUGGAAUACAUGUCAAAAUAGUAGCAAAGGAAUAAGUUAGUAGCAGUGAAAUUGAAUAAGUAUCACUAUUGGAUUAUUUGCAAGUAAUUAAAAAAAAGUAAUAGUAACAAAAUAUAGACACUAGUUAGAUUGAAGGAAUAAAUGUUAAAAUGGUUUGCCGUAGAAGGGGAGAGGUAUGGGGAAUUAGAUGCUCAUGAAGCUGGUACUGUAGCAAAAAAGAAAAAAAGUCUGCAGACCUUUUUUUUCUGGCAGCAUGACAGGGUUUUAUGGAUUUUUCUAUAGGUCUACAAUUACUGUUCAACUAAAUCAGACCACAAAGGAAAAAUCUGAGAACUUCUAUGCAUCUUAUACCCUCUUUGUAACUGCAGGGAGCUGAAAAUGUAAAGACUGUGGACUGACUUAAAGCAAAUCUGUGAACUAUUAUUGUUCAGGACGUUUCUUUCAAAUGUUGUUUAGUCAUUUCUAAAUGCCAGAACUUUUUUUUUUUUCUUUCUUUUCUUUUUCUUUUUGUUUUUGGGACUGAUUCAGUUUACCUACUGUUUUGAAACCUAAGCAGCCUAAACCUCCUUAGAGUUGCAGGUGUUAGAGGAAGCAUUUUGAUACAUAACAGACCUCAUCUUUUUAAAAGAAAGCAAACUAUUUUCAGGCAUAUUUUUGUACAGUUAAAAAGGGAAUGUUCUUACUGGGCACUCAGUGAGUUUCAGGCACUUCUUCCCUUUAUCAUUUUUUUAAGCAUGCAAGGGAGUCCUGGUUUAAGGAUUAAGUUUAAAUUAAAACUUGCAUCAAAAAUGCCUUGUGGUUUUAAGCUAGGUUUUGUACAGCUGUAGAUCAAAUUUGUUGAGUAUUUGUAGAACAUAUGGCAUUGGGGAGGGGGGAGAUGCAAACCACAGUGCUGGUUUUAGUUUCAAGAUUGUAUAUGUACUGUAAAAUAGUAAAGUUAGGAGUUUAUGUAUGUCAUACUCGUGAUAUGUGGAUGGGUCCCAAAUCGCAGGUGUGAGACUGGAUUUUUUUUCUUUCUUUUUUCUAAUGGCACAUACUGUUUCCCCUUCAUUUUUUGUGCAAUAUAUUUACUUGUAAAUGCAGACCAUCUACAUUUUUUUUUUUUUUUUUUUUUGCAUUUUUGUAGCAAAAUGAUGGACAGGCAGACUUUUGCUCUGUCAACAUCAUUACUUGUCAUGAUGCUGAAGUCAUUGAUGAAUAAAGAAAUCAGCUGGAACUGAUCGUAACUGAAUAUGGUCACAUAGUGUGCUUUUCUGUGGAGAAAACCCCCACCAUUUCUCUUUAAACUGACCCACAAAAAUUGGACAAUUGAUGUCCUGCAACCAAUUUGAAAAUGACUCAUUUUUGAAAAUGUGCCAUAAUGGGCAAAUAAUGGAUGUUGGUUGGUCUGGAUAGGGAAAAACCAAGAAAGCAAAAAAAAAAAAUAUAUAUAAAGGUACAUUCCAUAUCCUCAUUUCAUACGAUGAAACAUUUUAUUUUCAACUCAAGACUGCCGUCUUUUCUAUUAAAAAUGACAACAACAACCAUAAACCUGUAUUUUUUGUUUCUUGCACUUAAACAUAUUUUGUUUAUUUUUAUGUGGGUCUUACAUGAAGUCUGUUUUGAUACAAGGUUUGGAAUACGAUGGACUCUUUGCCAGGGAAAAAUGGUGAAGUACAAGGCAGUCUAGCCUCACAUUCCAAAUGUGAACCUCUCUUUGACUCCUCUUUUAAUAAACAAAUACUUACCACAAUAAAA